UUUGGUCGCCCGGAAGUUCCCUCGCGACUUGCGUGAGCUCCGUCCCCCAUGGACUGUGAGCCCAGUGCGCCGGCGGACUACGAAGCCUGGGAGGCGCAGCAGAAGGCUCAGAAGCGGCAUCAGGCGCAGGCGCAGCUGGCGGAGUUCAACGAGCAGCGUCAGCAGGAGCUAGAGGCACGGCGCCAGCAGCGAGCUGCCGAGGAGGCCGAACGAGCCGCCCUGGCGGCGGCAGCGGCGCCGGCGCGGGCGCCGGCGCCUUCUGCUCUUGGCGGCAUGCAGGCGCUGCUUCAGGGCAUCAACCCCCAGGAGCUGCUAGCGGCGAACCCGGCCUUGCUCAGCGCGCUACAGGGCGCCCUUGCACCGGCCGGGGCCGCGAGCGCAGCGGCCGUUUCGUCCGAUCUUGCGGUGCGGGUGUGCGAGGCAGGCGAGGAGAGCUUCCGCCGCGUGGUGCUAGGUGGCGACCGGAGCUUCAAAGAGGUGGAAGCACGCGUGGCAGCCAAGUUCGCUUCCAAGCGCGGACCGGAUGGCGCUGAGGCGCAUCGAGGCUUUGGCUCAAGCGAGCUGCGCGCUUCAAAGGCGCCAAUUCCCUGGCCCGAGCCUCGAGAAGCCGGGGAUUUUUCCGGAAAGUUUUCAAUGUACAGGCGGCCCAUAAGCGGUUUGCCCUCUGGCCCGGUGCCGGUAUGGGAGGAGGAUCUCUUGGAGGGAUGGACAGAGGUGCGGCUCAGGAGCGUCGUCCGUGAGGAUGUGAAGGAGUUCAUCGAGCUCCUCAGCGAUGAGGAGGAGGACACCGAGCAGGAGCUGCGCAGGGAGUGGCAGGUGAGCUGCGUGAAGCGGCCCAGCGUUGAGCCUCCGGCUGGCAAGUACUUGUCGGGCCUCUGCAAGCUGGUGAUUCGGAAGCCCGCGCCGCCCUCCUUGUCCCUUCUGGCAGGGGACUGGCGUGACAGUAUGGGCAACCUGGUGAAGGUCAGCUGUCGCGGAGUGGACUUGCUGGAUUCCGACGGCCGAUCCGCCCGGCCGCUGCCGAUGUCCACGGAUCGCUGGGGCAGGCUUUGGUGCGGCACUUACGUUCUCCACGAGGCUGGCUACGAGGGCACCUCAAGAGCCGGGCGCCUGGAUUGGGGUUGCGGCGGUUGGGGCGGUUCGGCGGGUUGA